CAGCAACCAUAUAAUCGCAACCUACACUUACCACAGUACUGCCUCGCAUAGUAUAUCAUGGCCCGCCCCAAGGUCUUUGUCGUCUUCUACUCCACCUACGGACAUGUCCACACCAUUUCCAAGUCAAUCAAGGAAGGACUGGAAAAGUCUGCACUGGUCGAUGUCGAGGUAUAUCAGUUCCCAGAGACCCUGUCCGAGAGCGUCCUCCAGAGCAUGUAUGCUCCACCCAAGCCCGACAUCCCCGUCAUCACCGUUGACAAGCUAGCCGAGGCCGAUGGCUUCCUGUUCGGAUUCCCAACCCGCUUCGGAUCUGCUCCUGCCCAGGUCAAGGCGUUCUUUGACUCCACAGGCUCGCUGUGGGUCAAGGGCGCGCUCAGCGGCAAGCCCGCAGGAAUUUUCUUCUCAACAGCCUCUCAGCACGGCGGCCAGGAAACCACUGCGUUCUCGUUCCUUCCCGUUCUCGCCCACCACGGAAUGGUCUUUGUCCCCGCGCUCUCCACCAGCGCUGGCAACCCGGGUGUCGACCAAGUCGCAGGCGGAUCGCCGUGGGGCGCAGGCACGGUUGCUGGCAGCGACGGCGCACGCCAGCCCACCGAGUACGACUUGGCAGCAGCCGUUGCACAGGGCGAGACCUUUGCGAAUAUUGCCGCGAAGCUGUCGGCGUAAAUGCCUCAACCAAUCCUACACACAUUUCUGCCUCAGAACAGACGCG